AUGGAUCGUACCUGGGUCAAUGCUGUGCGUACAAGUAGCGAAUAUGAGAAUGGAGUGGAAUACUUUUUGGAGUAUGCUAAACAACAUGUUUCCAAUAAUAAUGGAAAAUUUUGCUGUCCUUGUGUGAACUGCCUAAACGAUCGACAAUUAUCUAUUGAAGAAAUCAGGGAGCAUGUCCUUUGUGAUGGUUUCAAUCGUAGUUAUACGAGGUGGAUUUGGCACGGUGAAUUUGACAUGCCAAGUGUAUCCCAAGACGAACAAAUUGAUGCUGGUGAUGCAGAUAUGUAUGAUCGGGUGGAGGACAUUAUUAAUGAUGUGGGAGCAGAGGCGUUUGAACAAGCACAUAUGAACAGAGUUUACGAGUCUUUGUCUACUGAAGCAAAUAAGCCACUCUACAAUGGUUGUGAAAAGUUCUCACGUUUGACUGCAAUAUUAAAACUAAUCAACUUGAAGGCGACACAUGGAUAG